CUCUCUCUCUCUGUUUCUUGAUUUCAUGGCAAUUAGAUGCUUAAACAUCGUAUGUUUGUGGGUCUACUGAGUAAACCCUCCUCCUGGAGUAUUGGGUUGUCUGAUCCACACACCAGGAAAUGAAUCAAUUUAACGCAGAUGCAGUGUUGGAGAAGAAAUUGUCAAAUUCCCAAACCUAGCUCUCUGAAAUUCUCACAUUGAUCAGAAUACUCGAGCUUUAAUUUUGUCUCAAGUACCUACCUCAAUUAGCAGCCAUAAUAUGGAUCAUACAGAAAGCGGAGCUGAGGGUUCCGGUAAUAUGGAACUAGCUCAAUUCCCUCUUAUAUGUGGACUACCUGACGACAUUGCUCUUUUGUGCUUGGCAAGAGUUCCUCGAAAGUACCAUGCACUCCUCCGAUGUGUGUCAAAGAGGUGGAGAGAGUUGCUAUCGAGUGAAGAGUGGCUUUCCUACCGUCGAAAGCAUAAUCUGUAUGAGACGUGGAUAUAUGCUUUGUGUAGAGAUAAGUUUGACCAGCUUUGCUGUUAUGUACUAGAUCCCAAUGCGCCCAAGAGGUGCUGGAAGCGCAUUCAAGACCUUCCACCUUCUAGCUUGAAGAGAAAAGGCAUGGGCUUUGAAGUGUUGAGCAAGAAAAUUUACCUGUUGGGUGGCUGUGGUUGGGUUCAAGAUGCUACUGAUGAAGUCUACUGCUAUGAUGCUGCCAUAAAUGCUUGGAAUAAAGCAUCUCCCUUGUCCACUGCAAGGUGCUAUUUUGCCUCUGAAGUUUUGAACGAGAAAAUUUAUGCAAUCGGUGGCUUAGGUUCAAACUCGACUGAUCCGAAUUCUUGGGACACUUAUGACCCUCAAACGGACACUUGGAGGUCUCAGACAGACCCCAAUCUUGUCCCAGACAUCGAAGAUUCCAUUGUCUUAGAUGGUAAAAUAUAUAUCCGAUGUGGUUCUUCUGCUGUAUCAUCUCAUGUCUAUGCAGUUGUGUAUGAACCAUCAAAUGGCACAUGGCAGCACGCGGACGCUGAUAUGGCCUCUGGCUGGCGGGGUCCAGCUGUUGUCAUAGAUGGGACCCUUUUCGUUCUGGAUCAGAGUUCAGGAAUCAGGCUUAUGAUGUGGCAAAAGGAUAGAAGGGAAUGGGUGGCUGUUGGAAGACUGUCACCGCUACUCACAAGACCGCCAUGUCGGCUUGUUGCUAUUGAGAAGAGUAUUUUUGUGAUAGGGAGAGGGCUUAGCACUGUGGUGCUGAAUGUUGGCAAUGCAGGAAAUGGGGAAGGGGUGAUGGUGAGUUCUUCUGUAACAAAACUAACUUCUGAUGAUGAUGUAAUUAGCUGUAAAUGUGUGGCAAUAUGAAUCGCUUUGGGAGCUUUUUAAGUAUUCUGAAGGCUACAUCUGCGAUUGUAAUUGUGUUCAUAUUGGGGUUUGAUUUGAAGCCCCGUUGAUGUUCAGUCGUAUCGAAUAAUUCAACAUUAACAAUAUAUGACCGUUAAUUAUUUGCGUUUUUUUUAAAGAUAUUUUUUGUGCUUUGUAUUA